CUUUCGCCGCUAGACGUAGCGAGCGGAACCGCGUGUCCGUUAACGGAGGGUGAAUCCGAGUUUCCCCGCCGCCACGUUGACUGCACCCGCCCAACCAAACUCGCCAGCGGUUCCAGCCCAACAAAUGCCUCUGCGCUCGAAUCCCUCCGCUCGCCUCCCCCCAAUCCGCCGCCCUUCCUUGUCCCAAGCAGCGCCAGCGGCAGGAGGGAAGGCAGGAAUUUCGGCCUUUGCUUGCGCGGCAGCUGCUCCAGCCUGCAGAAAUUGGUGGCCAAUAGUAUGUAUGUUCAUUUUUGUAUACAUACAAGAGAACCCUUUCUCCUUCGGAAAAUGACGCUUUGCGUCUGAAAGUUAAAAAAAAAGGUAGCCUUACCUUGUGGAAAGAGGUCAGAAUUGUAUAUGCAAUCCAAGACUCGACCUGAACAAAAUGGUCUCCAAUGGUAAUGAAUAUCUCAAAGCUGGCAUUCAACAAGUAGAGUCUACAACAAUAGACAAUGUUCCCGGAGCAACAGGUGUCAACACUCUUUCCGAUCCGGGUGUUUCACGACAGGGAAAGAAGUGGAGUGGGUUUAGGAACUUCUUGAAUAGCCUUUCUAGUGACACCAGGUUAAGGAAGUUUGGUCCUUCCCCUUCAUUCAAGUUUCAGCAGAUUGCACUUCAACGAGAUGAGUUCUCACGUUCUAUCCAUUCUGAUAACCAUGGUAGUCGUGAGCACUUCCAAUUUAUCAGGAAGAUCAAUUGGAGCCAUCUGUGGGUGUUGUGCAAGAAUUGGAUAAAAGAGCCUAUGAACAUGGCUCUUUUUGUUUGGAUUGCUUGUGUUACUGUAUCUGGUGCAAUUCUCUUCCUUGUUAUGACUGGAAUGCUGAAUCAUGCUUUGCCUACCAAAACACAAAGAGACACCUGGUUUGAAGUGAACAACCAAAUUCUGAAUGCAUUAUUCACACUCAUGUGCCUUUAUCAACACCCGAAACGGAUCUACAACUUUGUGCUAUUGUGUCGAUGGGAGCAAAAGGACAUUUUAAGGCUUAGGAAGAUAUAUUGCAAAAAUGGAGCAUAUAAGCCUAAUGAGUGGAAGCACAUGAUGGUGGUUGUAAUCCUUCUUAAUUUGAACUGCUUUGCUCAGUAUGCCUUGUGUGGUCUAAACCUAGGAUACCGCAGAUCUGAACGGCCUCCUAUUGGUGUUGGCCUGACUAUUUCUGUUGCAAUUGGAGCUGCAGCAUUUGCUGGUCUCUAUAAUAUUAUCAGCCCUCUUGGCAAGGAUUAUGGCACAGAACUGGGAGAUAUUGAUCAAGAAGCACAAAUUGAAGUCACCUCAACUGAGAGUGGCAAGCCAACAACUUCACGGUUUAGGCCAUUUGAGAGAAGAUACUCUUUCAUUCAGAGUGAUGAACGACGUUUUGUGGAGAGUAGGCCUGAGUGGGUUGGUGGACUACUGGAUUUCUGGGACCAGAUAUCUCUUGCGUACUUGUCAAUUUUCUGCAGUUGCUGUGUUUUUGGCUGGAAUAUGCAGAGGCUUGGAUUUGGCAACAUGUAUGUCCAUAUUGCAACGUUUCUGCUCUUUUGCCUAGCUCCGUUUUUUAUCUUCAACCUGGCAGCUGUCAAUAUUAACAACGAAAUCCUUCGAGAGGCAUUGGGGCUCACUGGUCUUUUCCUAUGUUUUUUUGGUUUACUGUAUGGUGGCUUUUGGAGAAUACAGAUGAGGAAGAGGUUUAACCUGCCUGGAAAUAACUUCUGCUGCCGCAAUCCCGAUGUGACGGAUUGUUUCCAGUGGUUGUGCUGCUGUUCAUGUUCGCUUGCUCAGGAGGUUAGAACGGCAGAUUAUUACGAUAUUGCUGAGGACAAAUCAUACACAGAGCAAGUAACUGAGGAAAGUCAGCGUGUAAUGUCCCCGUUGCCACGUGAAGAUGGUCUGCCUCUUUUCAGGUCACUUCCAAGUUCGCCAUACAGGAGUGGCAUUGCUAGUCCGUCAAUCUUCAUUAUUGAGAGUCCAUCAGCUCCGCGCAGGUCAUCUGGUUCUACCCCUCAGGGUGGUUCACCAACUAUUGGCGAUAGGGUGAUGAAGGCGCCUCCUCCAACUGUUGUUCACAGAGAAGAUGAGCCUGGACCGUAACAUGGGACGAUCCAAUGAAGCAAUUAUUGGUCCAGUGAGAUCAUUUUUUUUUUUUUUUUUUUUUUUGUAAAUGAAGUAUACCAUACGCCUUUCAUACACAGCUGAAAUUCUGUGCAAUUACUCUUAAGAAAUGUAUAGACCAUCAGUUCUCUUCCA